AUGGCGAGCACUUUGGCAUCGGCAGCUCGUGCGGCGACUCGCGCAGUCACCCGAAGCGUCUACAACGACACGCGCAACAAUCUGAUGAUCAACAAAAGCACGAAAGUCAUCAUCCAGGUAAGAAGAGAAAAAGAGAUAGGGAAGGGGAUGAUUGUUUGAUCUUUCUCCCCCGCUUGCAAAAGAUUAAACGAAAAGAAAAAAGGAUGUCUGGUCUUAUUGCGAACAAAAAGCUUUCAGGGCUUCACCGGUCGUCAAGGAACUUUCCAUGGCAAGCAGAUGCUCGAAUACAACACCCAGGUGGUGGGCGGAGUUUCGCCGAACAAAGCCGGACAAACCCAUCUCGGACUUCCCGUCUUCGGGUCCGUUGCGGAGGCGAAGGAUCGUACCGGAGCCGACGCUACCGUCAUCUACGUGCCGGCUUCCGGUGCCGCCCGUGCUAUUCAUGAGGCCAUCGACGCUGAGAUUGGAUUGAUCGUGGCCAUCACCGAAGGAAUUCCGCAGCAGGACAUGGUCAGAGUCAAGAACAGACUCCUCAAGCAAAGUGAGCGAGAUCUAUAGAACGUCAUGUGUUAUUUCCAAUAUUUUUCAGACAAAUCCCGCCUGCUCGGACCGAACUGCCCGGGUAUCAUUGCUUCGGGAGAGUGCAAGAUCGGAAUCAUGCCCGGACACAUCCACAAGAAGGGUUGCAUCGGAAUCGUGUCCCGUUCGGGAACCCUCACCUAUGAGGCCGUUCACCAGACGACCACCGUCGGACUGGGACAGACUCGUUGCAUCGGAAUCGGGGGAGAUCCGUUCAACGGCACCAACUUCAUCGAUUGUCUCGAGGUGUUCCUGGAGGACGACGCCACCAAGGGCAUCAUUCUGAUCGGAGAGAUCGGUGGACAGGCCGAAGAGCAGGCCGCCGAGUUCCUCAAGUCCCGCAACUCGGGCCCCAACGCGAAGCCGGUCGUCUCGUUCAUCGCCGGAGUGACCGCGCCGCCAGGCAGACGGAUGGGACAUGCCGGAGCCAUCAUUGCAGGAGGGAAGGGAACCGCAGGGGACAAGAUCGAGGCGCUCCGCAACGCGAACGUCGUCGUCACCGAUUCUCCGGCCAAGCUCGGCGUUGCCAUGCAGAAGGCUCUCCUCGGAUGA